CCCUGCCUCGACAUGCUCACGCCCACACACAUGUGCCACCCGUAGCCUACAAGUACCGCGCAUCUCCCUGUGAGCGCGUCGCUCCUCUCCUCUUCACUCCCACACCCAUCCCCGCCUGGUAUCGAGCGCGACAAUGGCCCGCUCGCACAUUGCCGUUGCUUUGGGCGCCGCCCUCGUGGCGUCUCUGAUCAUUGGCCAACUCGUCAUCAACCUGGGAUUCCCCUCGGUCGACUUCUGGCAUGCGCGCCUCGACCGCCCCUACACGGGCGCCCAGCAGGAUUCCUUCUUCAGCGAGAAGCAGGAUGGCGGCGCUGCGAACGACGCCUCUUCGUACCUCAUUGGCGUCGGCAAGGCGGAUAUCACCGGUCCGGUUGUCGAGCUCAACCUGAUGGGCUAUGCCAACUCGUCGCAGAAAGGAACGGGGCUGCGCCAGCGCAUCUACUCGCGCGCCUUCAUCAUCGGCAACCCCAGCCAGCCCAGUGAGCGUAUCGUCUAUCUCGUGCUCGACACUCAGUCUGGAGACCUUGCCGUCCGGAAUGGCAUCCUCGAAGGACUCCAGGCAAUGGGCCCCGAGUACUCUGUCUAUGGAAAGAACAACGUAGCCGUGACGGGCACGCACAGCCAUUCCGGCCCGGGCGCCUGGCUCAACUAUCUCCUCCCACAAAUUACCAGUCUCGGUUUCGACAAGCAGAGCUACCAAGCCAUUGUCGACGGAACGCUGCUGUCUAUCAAGAGGGCGCACGAAGGCUUGACCUUGGGAACUGUCAGUGCUGGUAGCGCCAAAAUCGCCGAUGCGAACAUCAACCGCAGUCUGUUUGCGUACCUGGCAAACCCCCAGUCCGAGCGCGACCGCUACACGGACAAUGUAGACAAGACCAUGACGCUGCUCAAGUUCACGAGAGCUAGCGACGGAAAGAACAUUGGCGUCUUGAACUGGUUUGCGGUUCACGGCACCAGCUUGCUCGGCAACCAGACGCUCAUUGCUGGAGACAACAAGGGUGUCGCCGCAUAUCUGUUCGAGCAGGACAUUGAAGGAAGUGCCAACGCUGCUGAAGGCUUUGUCGCAGGCUUCUCACAAGCCAACGUCGGCGACACGACACCCAACGUGCUCGGUGCCUACUGCGAAGAUGGGUCGGGCCAGCAGUGCAGACUCAACGACAGCACAUGUGGAGGUAGGAGUCAGGACUGCCACGGCCGUGGUCCAUACUUUGGCCUCAACGACGGUGGCGAGAAGUCGUGCUACGAGAUUGGCAAACGUCAGUUUCAGGGUGCCAAGGGUAUCUACCAAUCAUCCGACUUUACGUCCAUCUCUGGCAAAGUUCGCUCAUUCCACACUUAUGUCGACUUCUCCAACUACACCUUUACGCUAAGCAAUGGAUCCGUCGUCCGCACAUGCCCUGCUGCAAUGGGCAACUCGUUUGCUGCCGGUACUAGCGACGGACCUGGUGCGUUUGAUUUUGUUCAAAAUGAUCCCGGUGCGCCUUCCAACCCGUUCUGGAACGUUGUCGGCAGCGCCAUUUCUCCACCAGGCAAGGCGCAAAAAGAGUGCCAGUAUUCCAAGCCUAUAUUGCUCAAUGUUGGUCAGGCCACUGUGCCCUACCUGUGGUCUCCCAACAUUGUCGACAUUCAGGUACUUCGCGUUGGCCAGUUUGUCAUGAUCAUCUCACCUGGUGAAGCCACGACCAUGUCUGGGCGCCGUUGGCGCGAGGCAGUACACAACGCUGUCGUCUCAUCCAGGAUUGCCUCGUCGCCAAUUGUCGUGCUCGGUGGACCUGCAAACACAUACACACACUACAUUGCCACAGAGGAGGAGUACAGUGUCCAGCGCUACGAGGGUGCGUCGACUCUUUACGGCCCACACACGCUCAACGCCUACAUCAACUCCACAUUGACAUAUCUGCCCUACAUUGCCGAUGACGCCACGGGCUCUGUCCCAGCCGGCCCCACUCCCCCCGACUUCCGCGAAAAGAGCAUCUCGCUAAUCACGGGCGUGGUAUACGACGGCGCAGGCAUCGGCCGCUCCUUUGGCCAAGUCACCAAAGACGUGUCGGCAAGCUACCCGCGCGGCGCCACGGUAAGCGCCACGUUUGUCGGCGCAAACCCCCGCAACAACCUCCGUCUCGAAGGCACCUUUGCAGCCAUCGAGAAACAGUCAUCCGACGGAAAAUGGACCCAAGUCCGCAACGACGACGACUGGGAUCUCGUCUACCAGUGGAAACGCGUCAAUGGCCUCACUGGCACCAGCGACGUGACCAUUACCUGGGACACGGCCUUGACGGGCCCCGAGGCGGGCACGUAUCGCAUCAAGUACAAUGGCGAUGCAAAGAAGGUUGGCGGUAGUAUCGAGGCGUUUGAGGGCGCGAGUGCUGCGUUCAAAUUGACCUAGUAGCGUCAUGCUGGUUUGGGUUUGGUUUGGUUUUGUAGUAAUGGUAAGGGGGCGUUUGUGCGACAUGAUUAUUAUGUACGAAAAGAAUGCAAUCAGC